AUGAAUCACGACGGUUUUGCUGGUCAAGCUUCAACCAGUUUUCCUGACGUCACUCUCCAGGAUUCCCAUCAGUGCACACUUACCUAAUUUUCUACAAGUUCCGGCAAAGUACGUUAGCCUUUAAUGACUUUAGGGUUUUUACACCGGAAUUCCUCAGCUACCCUGGUCGUGCACCACGUGCACACUUACUGCUCACGACACCAUUCUUGUUUUUAAAUGCGCCAUUCCCCCCCGUCGGUGAAACUGUGUUCGUCGCCGUCGACAUGUGUUUCUUUGUUUCUGUCGUAUAAAUUCGGGGAUCUAGCUAACGCAGUUUGGCGUCUUCUGCUCUCGGUUCUCGGCUUCACCUUCUCUCCCAUACUUCUCUCUCUUUCUCUCUCUCUCCUCUCCUUCUACCCUCUUCGUCCGGCCCCUGACUCCUCGUGGGUUGUCUUUCGAUCCGCCGCAGCAACAGACGGCGAAGGCGUCGCUUGUCGAUCAGGCUGUUGGAGAAUUUGCGGUGGGGCCUUCGGUUUUCGAAAAGGAACGGUUGCUCAGGCAUGAGCGCCGUGCUGGAUUCUCCGCUUGUGGCGCUCGCGUCCGAGUACGCGAGCUUCGGUUUCCUCGCCGCCGCAAACAGUUUGUGGACCUGGAUCGCCGUCAUCGGCGCGGCUGCUCUCAGUUUCUGGCGAAUACGAGCCUCCGCAUCGUCCGCCUCAGUUUCCAGUCGAGUAAGCGAAGAACCCUCGCCCCCGUUGCCGUCUCCGUCGUCUCGUGAAGAUGAAUAUGUAAACGCAGAUCCAUCUUUUCCGCAACCGGCGUCUUGUGGCGCCGUGGAGGAAGAAAUUUCAUCUGGUGCUUCGACUUCUUCUUUGUCUCCUCCUCCGUCUCCCACAUGGUAUGAAUGUGACGGUGGCGCAGUUACAAAGGGGAAGUUCACGAUAUAUUACGAGGAGGAUCGGAGAGAGGACGAACCGGCGGCGGCAGCGGCAACCGUAGAUGAAGCUGAGCUUGGUGGCAGAGAGUGGUGGUGGCGUUGGGAGAGAGCGGUGAGAUGGAGGGAUGGAGAGAGAGGGUGGUACAAGCUCCAGGACUUGAGGGCGAUCAAUGGCAACGUGGUGAGGCUGUGGGAUGAGAGUUAGCAGAAAGACAGAAAAGAUUAGUAAAUUAGGAACCAUUAUUUGCUCCUUAAUUUUCCUUUCAUUUCGGUACGAGGUUGUUGGUCUAUCAAUAUAGUUACGAAUUAGAUUAAUAAGCUGAGGGGUUUUUAACGAAA